CGUUUCUUUGCAGUGUUGUCAAAAAAAUGUCAGCCAACAAGGAGAAUAACCUUGUUCAGGCUUAUCUUGAAUUAAAUAAAUUUUGCCAGAGCAGUGACUAUGAAAGAGCUUUAAAAGCUGCAGGGAAAAUACUGCAGAUAGCACCAAAUGAGCAAAAAGCAUUUCAUUGCAAAGUGGUAUGCUUUCUCCAACUCCACAACUUCAAGGAGGCUCUAGCGACAUUAACCAAUGCCAAGAACUCAGCGUUAGCAGCAGACCUGCUCUUUGAGAAGGCAUACGCUCAAUACCGUCUCAAUUCACCUAAAGAAGCACUACAAACUGUUGAUAGUGCCCCUGAAUUGACACCUGCUUUAAAGGAAUUAAGGGCUCAAAUUUUAUACCGCUUAGAGCAAUACCAAGACUGCUACAAUUUAUACCGUGACCUACUGAAGAACACCACUGAUGAGUAUGAAGAUGAGAGGAAAGCCAACAUGGCUGCUGUUGUGGCUAACUUGGCAGCACUUAACCCUACAUCAGAACUGCCGCAGUUUGAUGAAAACACAUAUGAAUUGGCAUACAACUCUGGCAGCACUUUGGCAAUGAGGGGGAAGUAUAAUGAAGCUUUGUCAGUCUUAAAGAGAGCCGAACAAGCCUGUUCUGAGAGUGUAAUAGAUGAUGGAGGCACUGAGGAAGAGGCUAAAGAAGAAGCUGCCAUUAUAAGGGUCCAACAAGCUUAUUGUCUUCAGCAAAUAAACAGGGAGAAGGAAGCGGCUACUAUUUACCAGAACAUUCUGAAGGACAAACCCAGCGAUCAGGCAUUAGUCGCGAUUGCUAGCAAUAAUAUCAUUGUUAUAAACAGAGACACGAACGUGUUCGAUUCUCGUAAACGCAUGAAGGCGGCCACUGCGGAGGGACUAGAACACAAACUAAACUCCCGUCAACGAGCUGUCAUCACUUAUAAUCAAGCCAUACUCUCUAUUUACUCUAAUCAACCAGACUUCUGCAAGCAGUGCUGUGUGAAGCUGGUCCGUGACUUCGGCGAGGAUCGUCGCGCUGCCAUUGUGGAGGCGUCCUCGCUCGUCAAGGAAGGGAAGGCACCGCAGGCAGUCAGCUUGCUGCUCAAGCACGGAGGGACAUUGACAUUGGCAGCCGUACAGAUACUACUCGUUAAUGGUGACCGUAAAGCAGCGAUCAAGCUGUUACAAGAGAGCGAGUACAAGCAUCGUCCCGGAGUCGUGGGAGUGCUGUGCACGCUGCUCUGUGCCGACAACGAGCUGGAGAAGGCCUCGCUGAUGUUCGAUGAACUGUACGAGCACGUCAAGAACGAUGCAGAGAGGAUGAAGCUGUACCGCGGGGCGUGGCGGGGCGCGGCGCGGUGCCACGGGCGGGCGGGGCGCGCGGGGGCGGCGGCGCGCGCGCACGAGGCGCUGGCGGCGGUGGAGCCGCGGGACGCGCGCAGCCUGGCGCGGCUGGUGAAGGCGCUGGCGGCCGCCGACCCGCCCCGCGCCCGGAGCCUGGCCGAACAACUGCCGCCCCUAGACCAGCUCGAGACGAAAAUCGAUAUUGACGCCCUGGAAUCGUCGAAGUGGAUGAUGGGAGCUAAAGUCGUCAAGAAGACUGUCCAAAGCAAGCAGGAACAAUCUCCCGGAACUCCCGGCUCUGAGUUGGGACAGAAGAAGAAAACGAAACGCAAGCGCAACAGCAAACUCCCGCCGAACGCAGACCUCUCCAAACCUCCCGAUCCGGAAAGGUGGUUGCCAAAGUACGAGCGAACUGCGUACAGAAAGCGACGAGGCAUUAGACGUGACGUCAUCAAGGGUAGCCAAGGAAUGUCCACCACUGCCACGGAUCAAUAUGACAUGAGUAAACAGCAGACCACGCCUACCCCGGCGACCUCUGCGAAGAGUCCCCGGGUCGAAGUCAAGCAGACCGAGAGCGCUUGGCAGCGCAAGCAACAGCAGAAGAAGAAAGGCAAGGGACGUAAAUGGUAGUAGCACCGUAAUAAAUGACAUUUUUACUUGA